UCUCGUGCUAGAGUUGGCACUAUCGAUGUUGGCGAUGCAAUCGAUAAAUAUCGAAUUUGCUUGCCAUCUCUAAUUAUGUCUCAACUACGGCGACAGGUGCUUAAUGCUUUCAAAAGGCUUCAUCGCACACGACAACAUGUUUUCGAUGGGGACAUCCAAGCCCUUACAGCGGGCAGGCUAAAGAUUAACGAAUCGUUCCGGCAAAAUCGUGAUGAAACCAAAGAGGACGAAAUCAAAAAAAUGAUCCAAUUGGCCGAUGAUGUGAGCCAUGAGCUUCGCACAACUGUAAUUCAAGCUACCAAACGAGAAGAUAAUGUCUAUGAAUUACGAAUUUCAGAUGAAACCACGCGACUUGAUAAUGUCUUAUUCAAUCCUGAUGCCGAGAUUAAAGCACCCCGCAGGCGACGUCAAAAUCAGGAAAGUGGUUGCUGCGGUGGAGCAGCCAUGGCUGCACUGGAGCAAGAGAUUCAAGAGCGUAAAAAAUAAGAUUGAGAAUGAUGAAGUUUAUAUUAUAGUCAAGAAUGUUUGUUAAGUUUUA